AGUAGAGAUUACUAUUGUGUGUACAUAACUAUAUAGGUCUGCUGCUACCGCGACGAAAGAGCGAGAGAGAGAGAGAGAGAGAGAGAGAAGAGAGAGAGAGAGACUCUCGGAGCGCCUCACACGUACACACACGAACAUACGUGUCGUCAGUCCACUGCCAACCAAGUGAAGGAAACGACGCGUCUACCGUCCCAACUCGUGGCUCUCCGUCAACGCAUCAUCCACAGGUAAAGAUUUCAAUCUUGAACAAUGGCCCGUACCAAGCAGACAGCCCGUAAAUCCACCGGAGGAAAAGCUCCCAGGAAGCAGUUGGCCACCAAGGCAGCCCGUAAAUCGGCGCCUUCCACCGGAGGAGUAAAGAAACCCCAUCGUUACAGGCCCGGUACCGUCGCUCUUCGUGAGAUCCGUCGUUACCAGAAAUCCACUGAGCUCCUCAUCAGGAAGCUGCCCUUCCAGCGUCUGGUGCGUGAAAUCGCCCAGGACUUCAAGACGGAUCUGCGUUUCCAGAGCGCGGCCAUCGGCGCCCUCCAGGAGGCGUCCGAGGCCUACUUGGUCGGUCUCUUUGAAGACACCAACUUGUGCGCCAUCCACGCCAAGCGAGUGACCAUCAUGCCGAAAGACAUUCAGCUGGCCCGACGAAUUCGUGGCGAGCGUGCUUAAAUUAUGCAUCUCAAUAUAAACCUAAUUAUAUUUAAAUAUUAUAUAAUGAUUAAUCAUAGUUUGAUCUUAAAAUUAUUAUAUAUAGUGGAUGAGAAUGCACAUUCAUUUAAGUCCACCUACUGUGUUGUGUAGAUUAUCAUGUAAGCCCCCUAACCUUUAGCAUCUUAAACAAAGAAAAAGACCUAGCUUCAAACUGUACCAUCAUCUUCGUUGAAUUUUCUCUUUAGUAUAUAUCUUCCAUGUGUUUGUAUUCUUUCUCGUAUCAUCAAAACUUAUUGUUGUUUUUGCAAUUUGUUUAUUUUAUUUUACUCAAAAUAAAUUUAUCCAUAAUGCUUGGAAUUUUAAUUCCAUAAAAAAUCAUUUGUUAAAAUUUAUUAUUUGUAUUUAACCAAGAUGUUUAUUUAAAUGUAUGUGUAACGAUGGUGGCUUAUACAUGUUAAUAUAUAUAAAAAGCACUCAUUAAACACGUGCUUAUAGAACAUAAGAUCUCUUUUUAUAGUGUAAUUUGACAUGAAAAAAAUGACUGUAUAAAAAUUACAGCACUGAACCUGGACUAUAUGAAUCAAUGUUCUUUGUGUAAGAUAUGCGUUUCAUAAA